GUGAGAUUGCUCUGGUACUCGUAGUAGGCGUAGUAGAUGGUGGCGCAAACCGAGACAGAAGCAUCUCUAAGUGACACGCAUUUGCACAUCUCCAUGGGGAGUUCUUCCCGCACUCGCAGACAAUUCCAUGGCCUCGUAGCAUUUGCCGCUUUCACUGGGCUUUCUGGAGCCGCGUAUGGACCUGGAUAUAGCAUUCCUUUCAAUUGGAGGGCCUGCAGGCGGCAGUUGGUGCUUCCCCUUCUUAUCUUGACCAGCGAGGAGUCCUUCGCAGAGGAGUCCUUCAACCCUCUCAAGUUAAAAGGCUAUUUUUGGGAGACAGGGAAGUUCUAUAGUACUGCAGAAUCUGCAGACUCUCAGGAUAUACGGAAAAUUCUGUCAGAGCUGACAGAGACAGCUUCCAUUCUACAGACACUGGAGUCCACGGUUGCAGACGGAAACUUUGAAGAACUGAAGACGCAGCUAAGAGGCGCUAACUUUUCCGAGAGCCUCUUGAGGAUACGUGGUAAGGCUGUUCUCAACAUCCUCUCACAGCAAGAGAGCACUGUUGAGGAUGAUGAAAAGUUCCGGGACGUGCAACAAGCCUAUGUCCUUUUGGGCCAAGAGCUCAAUGGCUUGAAUGGAGCGAUUGAUUCGGCCACGGUGGACUUUAGCCGUGGAGCAUUGGAAGUACUUCGACAGUAUUUUGACGUACGUGGCUUUGGACGUUGGCGAAAGAGUGAGAAGAAACUUGACUAGGACCUGGCCUGGAAUCUUGUCGCAACUUUGCGAUCAGCUCGCAAACGCUUACAGAGCUUUGUCGAGCUGGCAGAAGCAGCCCGGGACAAGUGACAGAGCC